UUCUCCUAUUACGGCCCUAUUCAUAGAACAUAUUAAAAUUACCAGCCCCCCUAGCCAAGUGGCAUACGAUUUAUAGCGUUUCUCUUUCUACAAACGUUGACGCCUUAUCGAAUACGAUAAACGACAGGUAGCCAAGUGGAUUAGAACUUGGCGAACGCUUAUUCUAUUGGAUCGUACGCUAAUGUCUAUGGCUUCGAAUUCUAACGUCAGUCAGCGUACGUCAAACUGUCAACUGUCAUUCAGUUUGACAUUAGUAAUGUUGAAAAAUAUUCUUGAAAUAUUCAAAUUAAACUGCCGAAUUCCGAAAACGGAAAAAGUAAAAAGUCAAAAAAUUUUUGAAGUGAACUAAAAAAUACAGGUUGUGCUUUAAAUUAUAAAAAUACAAAUAGAGUUUAGAAAUGGAGAGACUGCGCGCCAGCCAGGAGCAAUUUUCUGCUCUUAUAGAAUUCAUGGAAAGGUAUGGUGACCUCUCUCGACCACAGCGGGGACCUCAGGGUCGACUAAAAGCCGACCAAAUGUGGGCAAGGCUCACAUUAUUACUUAAUUCAGUUGGUGGUGGGGUUCACAAAUCACAAGAGAAGUGGAAGAAAGUCUGGGCAGAUUGGAAGACUAAAACAAAAAAAAAGAAAAUGUUGAUUUCCAACCACACAAAUGGUACUGGUGGUGGUCCAAGCAGCAGGCUGUCUCUAACAGUUUUGGAAGACCGAGUCUGUGCCAUACUGGGAGAGACUGCUGUUCUUGGUCAAGCUGGCAUACAAGAGCAUGGCUUUAAUGCGCCACCAGUACCAAGGGAAGAACCCAUUCCUGAAGAUGUGGAAAUUGAAAUUCCUGUAGGCUUAGAGAAUUUUAAUUAUAAUACAAGUGUUCCAACAUUGCCAGCAUCACCGCUACUGCUAGACCCACAGCCCUCACCACCACCACCACCAGUACGUCCGCCGCCCCCUCUACCGCGUUCUCCUCCGCGUCCCACUGGUCGACGGUCAUCGGCGUCACCGCGAUCUGCGACUGCCUCGCCGCGACAUGGGAUGCAGAGAGCUCGCAGGAAUCGCGGCUUAACGCCAUUUGACCGGGCCGCUACAGAAUUUGUGGCGGUUGAACAACGACGCCUUGCACUGGAGGAGACGCGAGAGAAGCUUUCCCAUGAGCGAGAAAGGGAAAGGGAAAAGCUUCUCCAUGAACGUGAGAGGGAGCGUGAGGAACUUUUCCACCAAAGAGAAAUGGAGCGACUGCGGCUGGAGUCGCUAAAGGUUGAGGCAAAUCGCGAGCAAACUAGGGUGAUGCAGCAAAUAGCUGUUAUCGGGCAAAGGUUGCUCGAGAUAUUGCCUCAAGGGCCCGCAUCUUAAUUUUUUUUUUCAUAGGGUUUUAAGUGUAUUAUUUAGUGCCUUUCUUUUUAUUUUUUUUAAGUGCUUGUUUUAGAUUUUAAUUUAAUAGUUUAAGUACAGUAUUUUCUGUCCUC